CAGCGCAAGGCUAUGCGUACUGAGGAGGAAGAGGCCGAGGCUUGGUCCAAAGCGGCAACGGAUCUCAAGACGUAUAGCGACAACAUGAUCCAUCGGUGGAAUAAGGAGAUUGACGUAUAUCUCGUCUUCGCCGCAUUGUUCUCUGCUAUCCUCACCACCUUCAACGUGGAGUCCUAUAAGCUUCUCCAGUCGUCUCCUCCCGAUAACACC